AUGGGACCCUCACGGUCACUGGUUUUCGUUGGCAUUCUGUUCCUCGUAACAAUCGGCCUCGCCAGUCAAGUGGAUCAACGUGUAGCGGUCAUUCGGGACAUUCUGCCGCACCUAGACGGUACCACGCGUCGGUUGUUGGCUUUCAUCGGGUGCUGGCCAUCGAACGUUCGGUAUCAGCUUUGGCGUGAGAUUAACGGUGACCACCCCCACGGCACCAUCGGGCUUCAGUUUGCUGCCAGCAACGAUCGGCACUAUCUUCCCUGGCACGAUCCAAACCGCCAUCUAAUGGUCGUUCUGGUAGAUCUAGGCUGUCCACGAUCGGCCCAACUACUACAGGAUGCUGGCCAUCUGUUGUACUAUCGACUCCGUUGGAUACUGCUACACUCGGGUGCUGCUGCAGGUGGACCAACAGCUUGGCCGGAUUGUACAAAGUACCGGGAAACCUAUCUAGCCCAUCUGCCACUGCUCGUUAGCAGCGAGGUGUACUACAUCUGCAUGAAUCCCAUCACGGGACAGCUACUGGUGCAGCAACAGUACCGGCUAUCGAGCUCGAGCGCAACUACGGUGGAGACAGUUGGCCAUUGGGAGUCGCAGCAAUCGACAACAUCCGAAAGGGUAGAACGCUUCAUCCUAGAGGACCGCAACCGACCAGUAACGUCCGUAAGAAGAAAGAACUUUAACCGAUUCAAGCUACGAACCUCACUCGUCGUUCUGCACAACGAGACGCUUAACCAUCUGGAUGAUUACACAAACAAACACCUGGACACAUUAUCACGCGUUACCUAUCAGCUGACGAAAACCGUGGCACAGCAGCUGAACGCCUCGGUACGGUACAUUGUCACCAAUUCCUGGGGCUACCGGAACGCUAGUACCGGACUUUAUAACGGUAUGAUCGGUGAGUUGCAGCGUGGCCGGGCCGAUCUCGGUGGCUGUGCUCUGUUCUUUACGCAGGAACGUAUACCGCUCAUUGACUACCUUUCGAUGAGCACCUCAACCCGGGCCAAGUUUGUCUUUCGCGCCCCGAAACUGUCCUUUACGGACAAUGUGUUUGCGUUGCCCUUCGAUCGGUACGUCUGGUAUUGUACGAUCAGCUUUAUCGUGCUAUCCGGUGUGCUGCUGGCGGUGGUGCUACGUGUGGAGCAGCAACUUCGGUCAUCAUCAUCAUCAUUCGACCGACAGGAUGAUCCUCCGUUGACCCCCAUCCAUCUGUCGGACACAUUACUCAAUUCGUUUGGUACAACGUGCCAACAGGGUUCCUUCAUUGAGCCAAAGACGGGUGCAUCGCGCUGUCUGAUACUGUUGUGCCUCGUGGUACUCAUGUUUCUGUAUGCCAGCUACUCGGCCAAUAUCGUCGCGCUCAUCCAAUCGCCUUCCACCAAGAUACGGACGGUGGAGGAUCUGUUGGCGUCGCACAUGAAAACCGGUGCCGAGGAUACGGUCUACAACAAGUACUACUUUCGGCACGCAACGGAUCCGAUCCGGAAGGCACUGUACCAGCGCAAGAUCCGGAACAAGGACGGAUCGGAGAACUUUGUCACGCUAGCCCGCGGUGUCGAGCUGUUGCGGCAGGGCCUGUACGCGCUGCAUGUGGAGCUGGGCGUGUGCUAUCGGUUGAUCAGUGACACGUUUCAAGAGGAGGAAAAAUGUGGCCUGCAGGAGGUGGAGUACAUCAAGGUGAUCGAUCCAUAUUAUGCGGUACAGAAGAACAGCUCAUUCCGCGAACCGGUACGCAUCAGUCUCUUUCAGCUGCGUGAGUUCGGCAUUCAGGGCCGGGAGCAGGCGCAGCUGUACACGAAGAAACCGCGCUGUUCCGGCGGUACCAGUUUCACACAGGUGUCGAUCGUGGACGUGUGGCCGGCACUGGCAACGCUCGGUUGGGGCUAUCUGCUGACCCUCGGCGUGCUGAUCGCCGAGAAGCUAUGGUGCUUUUGCCGAAGGAAGCUGCGCAGUAGGGGAAUCAAUCGUUUUGAUUAA